AUGCCCGGUCUGCUGAACCAGAUGACAGGGGCAGCCCUGCCCCUCACUGCUUCUGACGUCACCUCCUUCGUCAGUGGUUAUGCCCUGGGUCUGACUGCAUCCCUCACCUAUGGCAACCUGGAAGCCCAGUCUUUCCAGGGCCUCUUCGUGUACCCGCUGGAUGAGUACACCACGGUGAUCGGCUUUGAGGCGGUCAUUGCUGACCGGGUUAUAACGGUACAGAUCAAGGACAAAGCCAAGAUGGAGAGUGGCCACUUCAAUGCCACCCACCUUCGAGCCACAACUGUCACAGGAAACAUCCUGCGAGAGGGGGUUUCCGUGGUCCCGCCUUCCUGCACACUGGGAAAGGUGGCUUUGGAUGAGGAUUUGGAGCGGAUCCUCUUCGUGGUCAACCUGGGGACCAUCACCCCGAUGGAGAACGUCAAGGUCUUCAUCAGCACCUCCUCAGAGCUCCCGACGCUGCCCAGUGGGGCCAUGCGGGUCCUGCUGCCUGCUGUCUGCGCCCCGACCGUGCCCCAGUUCUGCACAGAGAGCGGUGACCCCUCCAGCCAACAGGCCCACGGCAAAGACAAGCAUUGCUUCGGCGCCCGGGCCCUGGACUCCUGGAACAAGCUGUGCCUGGCAACUCUUCUGGACAUGGAUGUGUCCAACCCCAUGGAAUAUGAGUUCAACUUCCAGCUGGAGAUCCGUGGGCCAUGCCUGCUCGCAGGGGUAGAGAGUCCGACCCACGAGAUUCGAGCCGACGCCGCCCCGUCCGCAUGCUCGGCCAAGAGCAUAAUCAUCACCUUGGCCAACAGGCACACCUUCGACCGGCCUGUGGAGAUCCUCAUCCACCCCAGCGAGCCCCACAUGCCACACGUCCUGAUGGAGAAAGGGGACAUGACCGUGGGAGAAUUUGAGCAGCACCUGAGGGGAAGAGCAGAUUUCAUUAAAGGGAUGAAGAAGGACAGCAGUGCAGAGCGAAAGACAGAAAUCAUCCGGAAACGCCUCCACAAGGACAUUCCCCACCACUCUGUCAUCAUGCUCAACUUCUGUCCUGACCUCCAGUCGUUCCAGCCGAACCUGAGGAAGACCCAUGGCGAGUUUAUCUUCCUCAUUGACAGGAGCGGCAGCAUGAGUGGGACCAACAUCCACCGCGUCAAGGAUGCCAUGCUGGUGGCUCUUAAGAGCCUCAUGCCUGCUUGCCUCUUCAACGUCAUUGGGUUUGGAUCCACGUUUAAGAGUCUCUUCCCUUCCAGUCAGGCCUACAACGAGGAGACCUUGGCCAUAGCCUGUGAAAACAUUCAGAGAAUGCGGGCUGACAUGGGCGGCACCAACAUCCUCUCCCCGCUCAGGUGGGUCAUCCGGCAGCCAGUGCACCGAGGCCACCCGCGACUCCUCUUCGUGGUCACAGACGGGGCGGUCAACAACACUGGGAAGGUGCUGGAGCUGGUGCGAAACCACGCCUUCUCCACCAGGUGCUAUAGCUUUGGAAUUGGGCCCAGCGUCUGCCACAGGCUGGUGAAGGGGCUGGCAACCGUGUCCAAGGGCAGUGCUGAGUUCCUGAUGGAGGGGGAGCGGCUGCAGCCCAAGAUGGUCAAAUCCCUGAAGAAGGCCAUGGCCCCAAUCCUGAGUGAUGUGACUGUGGAGUGGGUCUUCCCGGAGACCACCGAAGUGCUGGUCUCCCCCUUGAGCACCAGCACCCUCUUCCCUGGGGAACGGCUGGUGGGAUACGGCAUUGUGUGUGAUGCCUCCUUAUACAUCUCCAACUCCAGAUCUGACAAGAGGAGACGAUACAGCAUGCUGCACUCUCAGGAGUCCAGCAGCUCUGUCUUCUACCAGUCACAGGAUGAAGGGCCCGGCUCAGACAAUGCAAAUUGUGCCAAGAGCUUGGGGGAACCCCUCGACCUGCGGCAGGCCACAGAUGCCCGGCCGUCCAGUGGCGACCCCGCCACCAGUCCUGGUGUGGGCCUCUCCCAGCGACGACGGGCAUAUAGCACCAACCAGAUCAUCGACCACAAGCCCUCCCCGAGGGCCACCACGGUCAGCGACCCCACGAUGGCUGCCAGGAGAUACCCACUGCGGAAAGCCAAGCUGCAGGACCUCAUCAACCAGCCCAGCCCAGAUGCCCAGCCGAGACAGAUUGAUUUGCAGCCCUUCCUGAACAGUGGCUGGGACCUGUGCCAGGGCCCCAAACUCCGGGGCCCAGGGGCCCGCAGGCCCUCUCUGCUGCCCCAAGGCUGCCAGCUCUUCGUGCCCUCUGACCAGGAGCCCCAGGCCUGGAGCCCCAUGAGGGAGCUGGACCUUGGGUACAGCCCGCAGCCGGCCUCAGACAGCCUCAGCCCCGGGGACCAGGAGCCGGUCCAUCAACCCUCCUCCUUGGAGACCCAGACCUCCCCGGCCUGGGAGCCGCAGGCCAGCACCGACAGGCAAGCCACCCCAGACCCCGUGCUGGGCAAGGCCGUGGUCAAGGGCCUGCGCGACAGCCAGUGUUUACAAUGGGAGGUGAGCUUCGAGCUGGAGCCCCUGGGCCACGAGCGGAGCAGAGCGCACGACGCCGACCUUUGGAAGGAGACCUUCCACCACCUGGCGGCCCGCGCCAUCAUCCGCGACUUCGAGCAGCUGGCGGAGCGCGAGGGCGAGAUAGAGCAAGGAUCCAGCCGCCGCUACCAGGUGAACGCCGUGCACACCAGCAAGGCCUGCAACAUCAUCAGCAAGUACACCGCCUACGUGCCUGUGGACGUGAGCCAGAGGCUGUACCUGCCCACCGUGGUGGCCUACCCCAGCUCCGGUGCUGCACUGCGGAUGGCCAGCUCUCGGGCCCUGAACCAACAGUGGAGGGGCAGCUCUGCUGGCUUCAGUCGGUCCCAGUCCGUGUUCACGGAAGACUCGGCAGCAGGACCUGGCAGAUUUCAGAACCUAAAUGUGGAGGAAAACCCCGCUGUGCCCUCCGGCCAUGCCACAUCCCCGGGCGGGGAGAAGUACGCUGCUUCUGAGGGUCCCCAGCACGACCUGGCCACCAACACCCCUUCUUCCUUGAAGACCUCUGAGACCCUGUUUGGAACCAGGCUGACUCUCAAAAAGUCCAGGCUGCUGACGCAAGCAGCCAGGGGCUUCCUGGGCAAGCCGCUGACCAAGACUCCAGAGCCAACGCCGGGGAGCCAGAGCUUCGACUACGUCCCACUGGUGUCUCUGCAGCUGGCCUCCGGAGCCUUCCUGAUGAACCAGGCCUUCUGCGAGGCCAUUCACAUCCCUAUGGACAAGCUCAAGUGGACCUCGCCCUUCACCUGCCACCGAGUGUCCCUCACAGCCCGCCAGCCCGCGUCUAAGACCAGCCCCUCGUCUCGGCACCCCUCUUGUGACACCUCCUCCGAGGAGCCUCUGGCAGGGGACAAGGCGAGCUGGGAGCUCAGCGCGGUGACAGAACACACAGGGAAGCUGUGGGCCACGGUGGUGGCCCUGGCGUGGCUGGAGCACAGCUCGGCGUCCUACUUUGUUGAGUGGGAGCUGGUGGCCGCCAAGGCCAGCGCGUGGCUGGAGCAGCAGGAGGUGCCGGAGGGCCGCACGCGGGGCACGCUCAAGGCCGCCGCCCUGCAGCUGUUCGUGCUCCUGCGGCACUGGGACGAGAGCCUGGAGUUCAAUAUGCUCUGCUAUAACCCGAAUUAUGUGUAG